CUACCUCAACCACAAGACGAUAUUUUGCUCUCCAUACAAAAUGUAUGAAAACUCAUUGUCGACAGCGGUUGUGGUUCCAAUUGUAAUUAAGCAGAGAAGCGUCAGCAAAUUAAGAAGCAAGAGGAGUCGUGUACUUAUGAUCGGUUCAAUUUUGGCAUUCUUCUGGUUGAUAUCGAGCGCGAUGGCAGGCAACACUGAACGUACUUUUAUCAUGGUUAAACCCGAUGGUGUCCAACGUGGACUCGUUGGAAAAAUCAUCGAACGUUUUGAACAAAAAGGCUUCAAAUUGGUAGCCAUGAAAUUCAUGUGGGCCUCCAAGGACUUGUUGGAGAAGCACUAUGCCGAUUUGUCUGCUCGUCCCUUCUUCCCCGGUUUGGUCAACUACAUGAGCUCCGGCCCAGUGGUUCCCAUGGUGUGGGAGGGUUUGAAUGUUGUCAAGACCGGUCGUCAAAUGUUGGGUGCCACCAACCCUGCCGAUUCUUUGCCCGGCACCAUCCGUGGUGAUUUCUGCAUCCAAGUUGGCCGCAACAUUAUCCACGGUUCCGAUGCUGUUGAAUCAGCCCAAAAGGAAAUCGCCUUGUGGUUCAAUGAGAAAGAACUCGUUGACUGGAAACCCGCUGCCGUUGACUGGGUUUAUGAAUAAACUGUAAAACAGUCUUCAAUUUCCAAUCAAUGAAAAUAUGCUCUAUAGCAGGCAUUUUAGUGUGUUUAGUUAUUAAGCAAAAAAGUUCUCAACAAUUCCAUAAAAUAAAAUGAAGAAAAAAAUGCUUUUAUAAAAAGUUCCAAAAAAA